AUGCAGACAUGGCGGAGGACAUUCGCCACAUCGGUUGCGCGGCUGAAUCAUAGGCCAGCAGCAAGGCCUGCCGGUUCCACGCUUCUCCGCUGCGCGCAGCUCCUCGAGAGUCAGAAGGGAUCUAGCUGGGAAGACCAGGAAAUCAAGUUGAACGGAUUCAUCCGCUCGGUUCGCAAGCAGAAGCGCUUUGCCUUUGCCGAGAUCUCCGAUGGCUCGACGGUCAAGCCUUUGCAGGCGAUCUUGAAUCCGUCGCAGGCCGCUGAUUUAUCCACUGGAACAGCUGUAGAGAUAUCCGGCCUGUGGAAGGCAUGCCCCCCGGGCAAGGAGCAAACCCAUGAGCUUCAGACCACCGCCGUCAAUAUCGUGGGCAAAACCGACCCCGAGACCUACCCAAUUCAAAAGAAAUACCACAGUCCUGAAUUCCUCCGGCAGAUCCCCCACCUCCGCGUGCGAACACCCUUCAACUCCCUCCUCUCGCGAUUCCGAUCCGAAUGUCUAUACCAGCUCGGAAACGUGUUUCGACACGCCCCCAAUGGUGGCUUCAUCCAGGUGCACCCGCCUCUCAUCACCUCAUCGGACUGCGAGGGUGCUGGCGAGACAUUCACUGUGAUGCCGCGAGAGGCAGUUGGGACAACACCAGCCGAUGGCGAGCACUUCUUCCGGGCACCAAAAUACCUCACGGUAUCAUCGCAACUGCAUCUGGAAGCUUACGCCGCGGAGCUUGGGAACGUAUGGACCAUGUCGCCCAUGUUUCGAGCCGAGAAGAGCGACACGCCGCGCCAUCUGAGCGAAUUUUACAUGUUGGAAGCCGAGGCAAACUUCAUGGACAACCUCGACUCCCUCACCGACCUCGUCGAGUACCUCCUCCGCGAUCUUACCCGGCGCCUCUACGACACCCCCGUGGGACAGGAGAUUCUGGACGCGAAACGCCCGGGCGAAUCCAGUCCGGAAGAAUCGGCAGCACCUGCUGACCUGCGCCAGCGUUGGCAAGACAUGAUUGACGGACCCAAAUGGCGGCGCAUGACCUACACCGAAGCAAUCGAGUUGCUCCAGGACGCCGUCACCAAGGACUCCGCCUCCUUCGAGUACCCUCCAACGUGGACGGGCGGACUCCAACUCGAACACGAGAAGUAUAUCGUGGACGUGCUCAACAACGGCCACCCGGUCUUCGUGACCGACUACCCCAAGCCAAUCAAGCCCUUCUACAUGAUCCCGUCUCACGCCUCGGGGGCCACCACUCAGGGCGAAACCGUCGCCUGCUUCGAUCUCCUCCUCCCAGAGGUCAGCGAAGUAGCCGGCGGAUCUCUGCGCGAGCACCGCCUCCCGGAGAUAAUCCAGAACAUGCGCGAGCACGGCCUGAUCAAGCGCGCAUCAGGUGACGAGGGCACAGCCACCGACGAAGGAUCGCUGUACCCUCACCUCCUGCCCGGCGAAGACCUAGGCCACCUCCAAUGGUACGCCGACCUCCGACGAUGGGGAACCGCCCCGCACGGAGGAUUCGGUCUUGGCUUCGACCGUUUCCUAGGCUAUUUGGCAGGGGUCUCUAGCGUUCGAGACGUUGUCGCCUUUCCGAGAUAUUUCGGUCGGGCAGACUGCUGA